AUUAUUGACUGGAAGGCUGGAUCCCGGCGGGUCAGCUGAGACGAACGAGCGGAAUUUCCUUUGUCGUCACUUUCGUUUUCUACAUGUCUCUGUAUUAUUUACUGUUGUUAUUUCUCUUCUAAAUUGUAAUUUCAAAUUUAGUGAAAUGUUUUAGCUUUGUUGUAAUUAUUUGUGAGGUAAGUAGCUGUAGGUUGUGUUUCAAUUCUUCUUCCCAGGUCUAAAGUCUUAAUAUGAAAAGGUGAAGUUGUCAUUGUGGAAGCUCAUUAUGAAGUGACAAGAUAUUAACCAGAUUGAGGAUGAAGAAUACGACGGAAGUCGACAUCACGACAUCAAGAGAUACGUCGGCGACCACAUCCUCGACUUACACCGGGACCGUGUUGAAUGGACAUUCGACCACCACAACGAAUGCUGCUAUUAAGCAAAAAAAUCGGGCGAGGAGGGAAGACGCCAACAACUGCAAUGGCUUUGAAGAAUGGGGAGGCUACAUGGAAGCGAAAAAGGCUAAAUUAGACCUUCAAUUGAAUAAAAAUUCUUCUAAAAAAAUUGGAAAUGAUCCUCCAUCGGGUAUAAAUUUAUUCAACGGACUAUCCGUUUACGUAAAUGGAUACACAGACCCGCCGGAACCUAAGCUACGAAAACUAUUUGUGCAGUAUGGGGGACAGUUUCAUCCUUACAGAAAUGCAAAAACAGACUUUAUAAUUGCGUCCAAUUUGUCAAAAUCGUCAAAAUCGUUAUAUGGAGGCACUACAGUGAAACCCGAGUGGAUUACUGAUAGUAUCGCUGCAGGAGUUCAAUUGAAUUAUCGAGAUUAUCUACUAUAUGACCUUAAUAAAGAAAACAAUCAACUUACUUUAACUCAAAUGAUGGGGAACCAACGUGGACAAUCGUCAAUUUCUAGAAUUUCUAAAUCAAACGAGUCGUUAGAUGUGGAUGUGGCUGGCGUAUUAUCAGUUGCAUGUGAUACAACCGGGGAAGAUAAUCCUGCUGCUAACACUACUAGUAUUUCUAAUGAUGACGACGAUAAUAUAAUACAACUUCCUUCCAACGAAGACAAUAAUGUCCAGGAUGAAGCUUUACUUCCAUGCGAUGAAGAUAAUGCAGUCAACAGUCAAAUUAUGCCUGAAAAUGAUGAAUCAGGAGGACUUGAAGAAUUUAUUCAAGUCAACGAAUCUUUGUCCACACACACAGCCCCCGUAAAUGGGAAGAAAAUUAAAACAGCUGCAGAAGAUGGGUUUCUUGAAGAUUUUUUUGGCAACUCUAGACUCCAUUUAAUUUCUGAUCAAAAGAAGGACAUGCAAAACAAAAUCGGAACCUUGAGAAAAGCGAUUGAUUCACAUACUUUCGAAUAUUUUGAUGAAUUUAAACAUCAAAACGAUCAAAAUAAUAAUUUUAGCGUGUCAGAUAUUCUUGUGGAUUCAGUUAUCUUGAUGCACAUUGACAUGGACUGCUUUUUUGUGUCGGUGGGGCUACUGAGCAGACCACACCUCCGAGGCAAACCCACAGUGGUUACCCAUUCUACGGGGAAAAAUAGUAGUUCAAUGUCAGAUAUUGCAUCAGCCUCUUAUGAAGCCAGACAAUUUGGGGUCCGAAAUGGGAUGUGGGUUUCAGAUGCAAUGAAAUUAUGCCCCGAAUUGGAAGUUAUUCCCUAUGAUUUUGAGGAAUAUCGACGCGUAUCUGGUACAUUUUUAGAUGUAGUAUCCAAGAUCACUUUGGACAUUGAGCCUUCUAGUGUAGACGAAAUGGUUAUCGAUGCGACACCGAUAUUGAAAAAAGUCCCAGGAUCAUCUCCUCGAGAUCUGGCAGAAUUUAUUAGAACCAAAAUUUUCGAAGCCGUUAAAUGUACCGCUUCUGUGGGGAUCGGUAGUAACAAACUUCUCGCAAAAUUGGCAACCAAAAAAGCUAAACCAAACGGAGUACAUCAUCUAAAAGUGGAAGAUGCACAAGAUUUCAUACAAGAUUUAGAAGUCAGAGAACUUCCUGGCAUUGGUUGGAGUACUGAGUCAAAAUUGCAAGACGUAUUCAAUGCUAAAACUUGUAAAGAUUUGUUGCAAAUUCCAAUGCAGAAUUUGAGUAAAGUGGUUGGUCCUAAAACUGCAGAGAAUAUAGUAAAGUCUUGCAAAGCAAUAGGCCCGACAGAAUUAAAGUAUGGCUUUGAUAGACCACAAAGUAUUUCUCUGGACGUAAACUUUGGGAUCCGAUUUACAAACAUUGAUCAACUUUUUGCAUUCCUCAUGAAGCUUUGUAAAGAAUUGUCUGCAAGAGCGACUAGGGCACAAGCCACAGGAUCUCAACUUUCUAUAAGAAUCAUGUCUCGCAAGAAAGGUGCUGGUGAGCCUAAAAAACAAGGUGGACACGGUAUAGUUGACACCAUUAGCAGGUCAACUCGAUUAUUUCAACCUACUAAUGAUUGGUCUUCAUUUUAUCGCGUAGUAUCGAAAAUUGUAAAGUUACUACCAAUACCCAUCGCCGACUAUCGUGGGGUUGGAUUCUCACUAAGUACCUUGACAUUUGAAUUUGACAAAUCCUCCAAUCAAAAGAAAACAGUACAACGAACACUACUCGACUUGGCAUCUUCACGUGGGAGACAAAUGCUUGAAUGUGCUAAAAAGUCUUCCAAUAAGCGAGGGCUAGCAUCUCAGAAUGUGACUCCUUUACCAUUACCCCCACAGCAACAGGUAGCUGAUGAUGCAAAUUGUCUUAGCCCUCCAGAUAUUAAGCGAAGAAAAUUGGACUUCAAAAGUAUAGUUAGGGCUGACGAAAACAAAGCGUCUCCCAAACCCAAGCCUGCCCUAAAAAGUGCCAUUAGUGAUACAGGGGACGUUGAUUUGAAUGUGCUACGAGAAUUACCUGAAGACAUUGGUCGUGAAAUAGCUCUACAGUAUAAAAUUGAUUAUUCUCUUGUACAGCAACAAAACUCGGAUUCGAUUUCCGUUAAUACAGUCGAAGAUGAUAUUACAACAACUAUUACAAAAUCCAAGGCUAACUCUCCCUCUAAUAAUGAGAAAAUGUCCAGCGAGACUAGAAUAAAUGAUAGUAAGAAUCCGUAUUCAGAAAUAGAUGUGAUUGACCCAACGUAUUUGUGUGCCUUACCUGAAGCAAUAAGGAACGAAGUCUUAUUACAAUUCCAAGAGGCAAAAAAAGGGCGUCAAAUUGAUAGUGUAACGGUGGCCCAAGACGAGCCAUGUUCUAGCAGACAAGCAUUGGAAAGAGACAAUGCACUCAAGUCUCAUAUUGUUAAUGAUACGGAAAAGUCGGAUCCAGAGCAAUGCAAAAAGGAUGCAUCAGGGCCGUCUCAUCUCGUUUGUGAUGAGGUCAUGCACGAUGAGUUUGAGUGUACAACCCCACCUCAAAUUCUAUCCGUUCCACGUAGCUCAACUAGCCAAAGGAGAUUCCAAAGUCGUCAGAGUAAGUCCACUCACUUGUCCAGCAGACGUCGUUUAAAUUUUGAAGUACAUGAUACCAGCCCACCUUCAAUACCAUCACAUGAAAUUGCGGAAAAGUUCGACAUACACAGAUUCUGGACGGACAACUCAUAUAUGCCAUUGCCCCCAGAGCCUGUUUGUACUGUGAUGCCUGCUUUAAAUGGUGCAGUCGGUGUUGAAGAGACUAGAAAUGUAAUUCGACUGGGCAUUUCUUCCAGCCUUUAUGAUCCUACAAUUUAUGACUCGGAGGACGCCGAAACUCUGCGUGGAUUUUUUCGUGACCUUAUUCAACGAGGGUAUAUAAAGCAAGGACAUCUGCUGUUGAAAUAUAUAUCUAGGAAGCACAAGACCCUGCCUCAAGAAUCUCAGUGGCGAAGAGUUAUUGAAGAAAUUGUCACCAGUGUACAACUGCAGUUUAUUGAAUUGUAUGGGGGUGAAGUCAACCUAGAAUCGUGAUUAUCGUAUUUUAGUUCCUCGCGUUUGAUUUUUCCAGACCUUCACAUUUCUUGUAUACAUGGUUUAAUUUCUUAUAGUAAAUAUCUUAUCAUAUCUUAUAAUAAAUGACACUGUAUCUGUUUUUAAGGAUUUAUAAUAGCCUUAUAUUCUUGACUAGCACUUAGGAAAUAUGAAUACAGUCAUGCAGUCCCUGUCUGCCAAAUCAAUA